AUGAAUACCACAGCCCUUAGGCGGCCUCUCGGCUGCCUCAAGGCGGCACUACGACAAACAAGACAGCAGAGGGCGUUGCAAAGAUGCCUGGCCACCGCUGCAAUUCCUUCAGAGACCAAGGAGGCCAUUACCAUAAGACAACGCGCCGAAGCGGAAAAGGUCAGCCGAUUCCAGAUAUGGCCACAGGUCCCGACAGUCCGAUCCACGUUCCCGGACCCAAUGCCCGCCCUUCGCCAGCAGGCCAUCUCGACGCUCGACCCGACAGGGGCGCGAACGCGGCUCUUCUCUCGCGAGCACGCGGACAGCGCCAAGGUGGGCGACGUGCUCAUGGUCACGACCAAGACGGGCGAGCCUUUCUCGGGAGCCUUCAUCCAGAUCCGGCGGCGUGGCGCCGACACGGCGAUCCUGCUGCGCGGGCAGAUGAUGCGGACGAGCGUGGAGCAGUGGUUCAAGGUCUACAGCCCUACAGUGACGGGCAUCGACAUCAUUUGGCGACGGCCGAAGCGCGCGAGGAGGGCCCGGCUCACGUACAUGCGCAAACCGAAGCACGACAUGGGCAGCGUGGACCAGCUCGUCAAUGCGUGGAAGAAGGAGAGGUACGCGCUGCGGAGCAAGUCAAAGCAGGCGCCGGGCAAGAAGGCAAGGAAAUGA